ACCAGUUUUCCCUAAAUAUUUCACUGACGCCAUUUUCAUCUAAAAUACUAAUGGAAAAUGAAUAUAUUUAAUCGUAACCUAUCAUAGGAAUCAUAUAUUUUGAGUCUUUUUACUAUUAAGGAGCAUGAAGAUGAAAUAUUCAAUUAGUUUAUGCUUUAUGCUCGUGAUAUUGUCUGCUUGCAGAGCUGAUGAACACAAUCAUAUAUAUGAAGAUUCUGAAGAAAUCGUAUUAUGGAUGAAUACUGUAGGACCCUAUCACAAUAGACAAGAAACAUAUGAAUACUUCUCAUUACCGUUUUGCUUGGGACCCAAAUCAACGAUAAAUCAUUAUCACGAAACAUUGGGAGAGGCCUUACAGGGCGUAGAGCUAGAGUUUAGUGGGAUAGAUAUAGAUUUUAAAGCCAAUAUGGAGAAGAAAAUGUACUGUGAAGUGCUGUUAAAUGAAGAAAAGAAUAGAAUGUUUACGUACGGUGUUAAAAAUCAUUAUUGGUACCAGAUGUAUUUAGACGAUUUACCAAUUUGGGGCAUAGUUGGAGAAAUUGAUGAGAAUGGCGAUGGAUAUUAUAUAUGGACACAUAAAAAAUUUGAUAUAGGUUACAAUGGAAAACAAAUCGUUGAUGUUAAUUUAACAUCAGAGUCUAAAACUAAAUUAUCACCCGGUGUAAAACUAACCUUUACUUAUGAAGUUACAUGGCAUCAGUCUGAUGUCAAGUUUCGUGAUCGUUUCGACAAAUACUUGGAUCCAAAUUUUUUUCAACAUAGAAUACAUUGGUUCUCAAUUUUCAACUCAUUUAUGAUGGUUAUCUUCUUGGUUGGUUUGGUAAGCAUGAUUUUGAUGAGAACUCUUCGAAAAGAUUAUGCUAGAUAUAGUAAGGAUGAUGAUCUUGACGAGAUGGAGAGAGAUUUAGGGGAUGAGUAUGGUUGGAAGCAAGUUCAUGGUGAUGUAUUUCGCCCAGCUUCCCGUUCUAUGUUUUUCUCAGCAAUGAUCGGGUCUGGUUAUCAAGUUACCGUUGUAGUCUUUUGUGUAAUAAUUUUUGCUAUCGUUGGUGAACUAUAUACUGAACGAGGAUCCCUACUAAGCACAGCAAUAUUUGUUUAUGCUGCAACUGCUCCCAUAAAUGGUUAUUUCGGUGGUUCUCUAUAUGCUCGUAUGGGUGGAAAAGUUUGGAUUCGCCAAAUGGUAUUCGGAGCGUUUUUGCUUCCCGCUGUAAUUUGUGGAGUUGCUUUCUUUAUAAACUUUAUAGCUAUCUAUUAUCAUGCCUCUCGAGCAAUUCCUUUUGGUACUAUGGUUGCUGUCGCAUGUAUUUGCCUCUUUGUCAUAUUGCCAUUAAAUUUAGUUGGCACUGUUUUGGGACGAAAUAUGGCAGGGCAGCCUAAUUAUCCUUGUCGGGUAAAUGCAGUUCCUCGACCUAUACCUGAAAAGAAAUGGUUUAUGGAACCCUCUAUUAUUGUCCUUCUUGGAGGAAUUCUACCUUUUGGAUCCAUCUUCAUAGAAAUGUACUUUAUAUUUACAUCAUUUUGGGCUUAUAAGAUAUACUAUGUUUAUGGCUUCAUGCUUCUAGUGUUUAUUAUUUUAUCAAUUGUUACUGUUUGCGUGACAAUCGUCUGUACCUACUUCUUACUGAACGCUGAGGAUUAUCGUUGGCAAUGGACAUCAUUUUUGUCAGGUGGAUCAACAUCUCUAUACGUAUAUUUCUACUCCAUUUAUUACUUUUUUUUCAAAACAAAAAUGUACGGCCUGUUUCAAACUUCGUUCUAUUUUGGGUAUAUGGCUUUAUUCAGUUUUGCUUUAGGGAUCAUGUGUGGAACUAUGGGAUAUAUUGGAACAAAUAUGUUUGUUAGAAAGAUCUACUCGACUGUUAAAAUUGAUUAA